AGAGAGGAAGGGAUAGAGGAUCAUAUAGACACUCUUAACUUCAUCCACAUCUGUUACAACUCCAGUCCAAUCUGUGCUUCCCCACUGAUCGGCGAAGAUGGCGUUGGGAGAAAUAUGUUGCACUAUCGAUAUAAGCAAGACUCGGAGGUCUUCGAAAACAGGCUUCCUGUUUUUUCUUUUAUUGCAAAUGAGUCUGCUCUCUAAAGUAUGGACAUCUUCCACAACGGCUAUUCCAGAAAACACUCUGACAACAGAUGCGACAUCAUCUACAAUGUCAGAACCUGUAAGCCUAACUCAAUCUGCGGCUCCAGUAAGCAUGUCCUCCUCCAUUUCUACUGACCAGAUGGCCACAUCAGGCUCUUCAGUGACAGGAGCUUCAUCCGCCUCUAUACAGAACACUGCUUCUAACAGUGCUACUGUCGUCUCAACAGGUGUUACUAGUAUGGAGACAGUUUCAGCAAAUACAUCUUCAUCAGAAAAUUACACUGCGCUAUCCUGUCCAGCAUUUGCUUGCACGAAUGAUUGUUAUGACCAGUUCAGGAAUACAACAGCGAAGCCCUGCCAAUCCAGUGAAAAUUUCUGUAAGAUAAUGAAAGGGGACGCAGGUUACUCUGUCAGCUGCAGUGCCUCAUGUGGCGUGUCCUGCGGGAACGGGACUCUCAGUAAUUGCUCUGUCAACUGUUGCAACACAACCAACUGCCUCAACAACACUCUGCAUGCCAUGUCCAAUUCACUCAGUACCACAGUAGCUACAACAAAACCCACUACUACAACCACAACCAUAAAGACCACAGUUCCAACCACCCCAGCAAGCAAUGGCAAGAAGUGUCAUCAUGUCACGUGUAAUGGAGCAGCGUGUUACAAAUCCAAUAAUGUCAUCAGUAAGGUCAUGUCAUGUCCAGUUGGUCAGGACUACUGCAUGCUACAAAAGACAACAUCUGGCAGCACAGAGAGCUGGCAGGCGGGUUGCAGUACAGAUUGCAGAAAGAUGACAGUUUGUUCAAGUACCACUACUGCCUGUCACUUGGAGUGCUGCAGUGCCACUACAACCCUGUCAUGCCUCAAACUGACAGGUGAUGUGAACAUACCCAGCUCCGCCACCAGGGGUCCUCACUGUCCCGCACUGCUCAUGGCCUGUUUGCUGCUCUUCUGGAUAGUCAAAGUCUUCACUUGAGCAUAACAAAGUCACAUUUAAUAGGCAAUCCAAGGAAGUGCCGUUUUCUAUUAGGAGAGUGUAUGAGUGUUUUAAAGCUGAUUGUACU